GAGGAGGAGGAAGAUGAAGACGAGGACCUGGAGAAGCAGUUCCAGUUCCACCUGACCGGACUGCAAGAGGUGCUGUCCAAACUCACGCAGCAGGCCAACUCUCUAACCAAGCGCUACAAGAAGGAGAUUGGCAUCGCAGGAUGGGGCCAGUGAACGCACCACGAGCUGGACUUCUUGUUUUUAUUUUGUGAAUAUUUUUUUUCCCACUUCACUGGCUGAACUGAUUUCCUCAGCGGAGCCUUGAUUCUGCUGCUGCUGCAGAGGAUGCUGCUGCUGACAUUUAAUGAAAAGCAGCAGUCCUGCAGGCCUGUGCUGUUGGUCUAAACUGAUCCUGAGGGAAACAUGCUUCCACUAAAGCUCCAAAUGUUUUGCACUCGAGAGUUUGUUUCACAUUCAGGUCAUAUCAAAUUAAAAAUAAAACUAUUUAAGCCUAUAUUUAAUGUAUUUAUUACCUCGUUGUUUGAUGGAGAGACUGAGAAGGAGAUUCUGUUGGCUUCAAUACUGACACAAGAUUCACCUGCCUGGUGAUGAUGUCAGUGAGUUCACAUGGAUCUGUCACUUUUUUCCUUUAAUUUCAUGUUUUUAUUUUUAUUUUUUGUUAUUUUUUGUUAUUUCGUUGCUCAGAGGGAGGCAGGUGCUCUGUGGAUCUGCCCGUGAUCUCUUCGUGUCCUACAUGGUCGAUGAACUGGAAUAAACUGAUCAUUCUUCUGCCAGGAGAAUAAUGAGGGUUUUCUAUGAGAUGCUGUCUUUGUUUCUAUUGUCAUUUGAGUCCAUUUAGCAUUAUAGGUCCAUCUGUCAAAACAAGAAAUUGCUGUAUUUUUGUAUGCAGUGUGUGCACUGUUGUUGUUUUUUUUAAAGUCCUGAUGUUUCUAAAAUAAACUUUUAUACCAUCUCUUA